AUGUCUACUUCUGGCAACGUCCGAAGCAUCAACGAGAUUUGGCUAACAGCUGAGACAGCAGCUAUAUCAGACCGUAUUGAGUUUGGCGUCCCCGCCAUAGACAGCGCGUUCGGCGGAGGCAUUUACUGCGGGAAGGUCACGGAGAUCCAUGGCGCUGCGGGCUCCGGCAAAACGCAGCUUGCGCUAACUCUCGUGGCUCAGGAGCUGAUUACAUCCAACGUAGAGGGAACGAAUGGCGUCCUCAUCUACUUCCACACGGGCGGGACAUUUCCCAUUGCCCGUCUUUGCGAGAUGAUAGAGGGCAAAAUGGAAUAUGUGGAUCCUUCAGCACGGACGGAUCCGGCAAUGGUCAAGGGCAUCCUGAAGAACUUAUGCAUCGACAAGGUCACCGAACCAGGGGUAUGCUACAUGAGUGUUGUGGUCACAUGCCGCCUGCAGGAGCUGGUUAUGAAACUAGUUAACAUGUAUGGAGCAAAGGACGAUUCUAGGAAUAUACGGCUCGUGGUCAUUGACUCUAUCGCUCCACUAUUUCGAUCCACAUUUCACUCAAAAGGGAGUGGGAAGAACCCUAGGAGCAACCUGCUCCAGGUAUCGUCGUUCUUGAAGCGGCUGGCCUCUGAAAUGGAUUUGGCUAUACUAGUGCUGAACGAGGUAACGGGCGGCGGCGACGCGGCUCUUAAGCCUGUCGGAGGGUCAACCAAUAACGAACUCGAGCUGUGCGUGUGGAGCGCUGAUAUGUUCAAGUAUGGUAUAGCGGCGAGCUACGAGUCAUAUGGAUCAUUGAAAACAGCCAUAAGAAGAGGCGUGCCCGAUUUGAUCAAGCAAUACAUUUGGAUAAAAGCAAAUGGCGCGGAUAGAUUUUACAUCGAGCAUCCGAAUUUUUACAAGCACUCCUUCACCACCACCUUUGGGCAAAAUAUUCCGGAGGUCAUGGGAGAGGACUGCCCUACCUUUUGUGGUGGUAUAUCGGGACUCCAAAGUGACGUCCUCGGCACUCCGGUCCGCGCGAAGGAUAUAGACUUCAGCGCAGCCUCGCUUGACGCAGACGGUCUAAGCGAUUCUGUGUACCAGUGGCAUCGUCGGAGCCAACAUGAGUCAGAUGGCGGAUCUGCGUAUGAUACGGAUGAAGAAUCACCGUUGACUCGCGAGCUAUCCGUAGCCUCGCUUCGUGACAACUACUAUAGGCACAAGCCCAGUCGUUCGCAUCGUUCGGCGGCGUAUGCCGAUGAUGACUCGGCCCCGCAUGUGCGCUUCGAUGUCGGCGCAUGGCGUGACCUGAGUGCAUUGCCACUGCCAGACGUUAGUGAGGAUGCUCCGGAGGUGGAUCGCCGCGACCCUCUCGACCAUUAUCUAUCCGUGCUCCACGCUGAGAACAGCAACCAGAUGAUGCUUUUGAAAGCGGCCAAGAAGAAGAUUCGCGAGCGUCAGGUGUCUUUAAGCGAAGUGGGGAGGAGUGGUAACAUGUUUAGGCAAUUUUCUGAUACCUCAUUGCUGAGCAGUGGGUUGACGCUGCCAAACCCACCGUCGCACUACCCAAAAAUUGUGAACAACCAGAUACCCCUCGCGCAUAAGGACAGCGUGACCCAAAUAUGUCCGAGGACGUCCACGAUCAUCCGUUUCCUGCGCCAACGUGAGCAGCGGCCUGUUCUUGCUGCUUCGGACGUUGCUGGUCCUCGCCGUUGCCGCAUUUUGGAUUUCUGUGCGCGUUUGGGUCUGCUUUGUGGCGGGCGCAGACGGAUACAGACCGUCUAUGUUGAUUGGAACACCUCUAAUAGCGAUACAGUUCCUGAGGGGGAGCCUCCAUUGCCUGGUGAACUGUCCGGCCAGGACAAUUUCUCCGCUGCAACAACGGGCGAUGGUACUCGCACGACCCUGGAGGAUGGCCAUAUCCAGCCGAUCAACGACAACCGAGUUACCGCAGUCACAUUCCAAGCUGAUGUAAAGGAGCCUAACUCCACCGACAGUGGCUAUAUCAGGUUCCCCUCUGCAGCCGGAGACACCAUGUUGGUGCGGCAGGCGACAACCAAGGUGUUCCACAGCUCUGUGUACAAGCUGUCUGACAUUACGGAUUACACGGCACUGCUCACUCCGAGUGGCGUGAACGAGGUGAAGCGGAUUUUGUGGUGCCUUAAUACAUCGUUUUCUUCAACCAUCGAGUUCCUGCCCAUCAUCCCUUCGCUGUGUUGCCUGCUGCUGGUUUACAUGGCCCCCGACAUUGCGCUGUGCGUGCUGCAUUGCUUGAUGGUGAAGGCCGUUGAGUCGGCCCGUUCGGAGUGCGGCGAGCGGUUUCUGUUCGUCGACCGUGAGGGGUUCGUGGACUUCGUGAAGUACGUGCUUAACGUUAUGCGCUACCACAUGCGUAAGUUGGUUGCCAAGCUUCAGCUGCUCAACGUUGACGUUGCCGCGUGGAUAGCGCGUUCUGUGCAGAGCGGAUUUUCGCAUGUGUUGCCGUUCGACCACACUUUGCGCAUAUACGGCGAUUUCCUGUUCGAGGGCGAGAUCGUGCUGUGUCGCUACUGCAUCGCUUUAAUAAAGCACGGGCAUGACACUCUCAUGAAGUGCAACACGCAGCAUGAGGCCGAAGAGGCUCUGUACAAUAUCGGCCUGGACAACACCCUCGACGUUGACCAGCUGACGAAGUUGGCGUACAGCUUCCGUCUAAAGUACUACAAGAGCGAGGUGAAGGGCGCUCCGGUGACACCCUACCUGAUGCCCGUUAAAAUACGCGCAUUCUACCGACCUCGUCUGUCGUCCUUCUCUCGCAUCGUAAGGGAGCACAAGUGGGAGACCAUUUGGUCGUGGCUUUUACCCAGAUACCGCAUUUUGGAUCCGCGUAUGGUUUACAGCUCCGACCGCCAUGGAACAUCGAUGCUCGGUCUGGUGAAGGCCAUUAAAGAUUCAGAUCGAUCUGGUGUCGCGUCACUUUUGUUCAUUGAGACUACGACCCGCGAUAUUUUGGGCGUGUUCAUACCCACGCUCAACUGCGAAGCUACCGAUGGGCUGUUCACGUCCCCAAACCGUGAGUACGUGUGUGCACUACUCUAA